AUGGAGAUUUGGGGGAUUUUUCAAGUCCUUGCGAGGGGUUCAACAAGGGGUCCCUUGUCGCCAACUUUAUUUGUCUUUGGCGGGGGCUCGAACGAUUAUUUGGGAGAUUUCUUAACCUCUUUUAUCAUUGCCGAUGAUUAUGUGCGGAUCACCGGGCAAAAGAUCAAUUGUCAAAAGAGUCAUAUAAUGUUUAGUCGGCAGUGUACGGAGGAGCUCCGAAGGCAACUCCGGGAGGCCACAAGCUUUGGAGAUGCCGAUCUUCCGCUUAUAUAUUUUGGAGGCCCAUUUUAUGUGAGAUAUCGGAGAAACACGUUGUAUGAGGGGCUCCUUGGCAAGCUCCGGAGGUAUUUGGCGAAGUGGGAUAGAUCCGUCCUUUCACAUGGAGGGCGCCUUCAGUUGAUCCGGAGUACACUAUAUUCCCUUCCGCUUUAUCUAUUACAGGUGGAGGCCGCGCUACCGGUGAAGAAUGAUGGAUUGGGUAUUUGGAGAUUGACGGAUAUGCUACGUGUAAGAGUUACGAUAAUCCAGUAUAGAAGCGUUUGUGCAGAGUGCGUGUGA